AGAGCGCUCCCCAAACGUAAAACUGCGAAAAUGUUACGGAUAUUGUUCACCAUUGCUCGAUGGAUUAUUUACUACCACGUUCUCUAUUGGGGUUUCCAACGGUUUCAAGGGAAGAACCUCCUCCGACCAUUCAUCGAUGCCGACGCCUGGAGGCAUCCCGUGGAGUACGCUCAAAAAUACGGCUACGACGCUGAGCAGCAUUUGAUCACGACGAGCGAUGGUGUCAUCCUGGAAGUGCAUCGGAUCAACUCGAAGACGAACUCUGGCCGCUCGGGAAUCCCCGUGAUUUUGCAGCACGGUCUUUUCGCGUCGAGUUUCGGUUGGAUCGCGAAUCUUCCUCAUCAGAGUCUCGGCUUCAUUCUUGCGGAUGCCGGGUACGACGUCUGGCUGGCGAACUCGCGCGGUAAUGUCUUCGGCCGGACAAGUGAGAACCAGACCGAUUUUUGGACAUUCACAAAGGAGCACCUCGCUCUGAUGGAUCUCCCCGCGACUAUAGACUACAUACUAAAAGUUUCGCGGAAAACCUACGUGCAUUAUGCGGGUCAUUCGCAAGGCGGAUUCCUUCUCAUGGCCUUAUUGAGUGAGAAGCCGGAGUACGCCCAGAAAAUUCGCCUGGGCAUCGCUCUGGCUCCGGUGCUGAAGAUUUCGAACGCGAGUUUUUUCCCCACCAAUCUUCAUCGAGCUAUGGAGGCAUUCAGUUUCCUUCCGCCGUUCCCGAUGCACAGCCCCGACAGAUUGCCUGCAAAUCUCGUCUUCAACCCUCUCGUCUGCGGCUUGGUCCCCAGUCUGUGCAGCGCCCUCCUCCGCUUGCAUGCUGGUGGGCACGCCACGCAGGUCAACAUUUCGCGUUCGGCCGUGUACGCGGGAGGCUUCCCUGCGGGGAGUUCGUUCGCAAACUUCCGGCACUACACCCAAACCAUGUACAGCGAUCGAUUUGCGAAGUACGACUAUGGGAAGGAGGAGAAUAUGAAAAUUUAUGGACAAUCGCUGCCGCCCGAGUAUGAUCUCAGCAAAAUCUCCGGCAAAGUCGCUGUUUUUUAUUCUGAGGGCGAUGCAGACAACUACGCCGGGAGUCGCCACAACAAAUGGCUGAUCGAGAAUAUUCCCAAGAGGAGUCUCGUUCACUCGGAGGCGUUGAGAAAUUUUGAGCACUUGGAUUACUUUAUGGGUAUCAACGCCAGAGAGGGUCUCUACGAUAAAAUGAUUGAGCUCAUGAAAAGAUUCGAAGAUUGAGUUUCGAGCGUGUUGCCGUGACACGAUCAUUGACCACCAUCUACGACAUGAGGGACCGAUAGUGAGUUGUUGUCGGAAAUCUCUCGUUGCGACAAUCUCGAAAUCGCGCUGGAUUGCUUCGCGGGCGCCCCUUAUCGAUCCACGCUCCCUCCUCUCCAUUAGAGUCGAAUCUAAAGAAUCUGUGUUAUAUUCUCGAAUAAAGACUGGAGUAUUCAACGUAAGUAGAUGAUACCGAAAAUAAAGAUCCCUUCCGGAGCGCUCGUCUCUGCGUCGUUGCGCCCGGAACUUCGCGA